GGCUAUCGAAUGUUAUCCUUGUCUGGGCACGUUGGGUUUGGUAGUUUACCUGAUCAGCUGGUUAAAAAAUCCAUCAAGCAGGGCUUCUGCUUCAACAUUCUCUGCAUUGGGGAAACUGGAAGUGGGAAAUCAGCCUUGAUAAACAGUUUGUUUAACACCAACUUUGAUGACCCUGUGUCAACGCAUUUUCUGCCAAGUGUACGGCUUAGAGCCCAGACUUAUGAACUCCAGGAAAGUAAUGUUCUUUUGAAGCUGACUGUUGUAAAUACAGUGGGAUUUGGUGACCAGAUAAACAGGGAAGAUAGCUAUCAGCCAAUAGUGGAUUAUGUAGAUGCACAAUUUGAAGCCUAUCUCCAGGAAGAACUGAAAAUUCACCGUUCUUUAUUUACCUACCAUGAUACUCGCAUCCAUGUCUGCAUCUAUUUCAUUUCACCUACAGGCCAUUCCCUCAAACCCCUAGAUUUGUUAACCAUGAAAAGCCUAGACAGCAAGGUGAACAUUAUACCAAUUAUAGGCAAAGCAGAUGGCAUUUCUAAAACUGAACUACAGAAUUUCAAGAACAAAAUCAUGAGUGAAUUAGUCAGUAAUGGUGUCCAGAUAUACCAGUUUCCCACUGAUGAUGAAACCGUUUCUGAAAUUAAUUCCAUCAUGAAUGGGCAUUUGCCAUUUGCUGUAGUGGGAAGUACAAAAGAGGUGAAAAUUGGAAACAAAACAGUGAGAGCUCGUCAGUACCCUUGGGGCAUUGUACAAGUUGAAAACGAGAACCACUGUGACUUUAAAAAGCUUCGUGAGAUGCUGCUUUGCACAAAUCUGGAAGAUUUAAGAGAGCAGACUCAUGCACGACACUAUGAGCUGUACAGGCGCUGCAGGCUGGAGGAGAUGGGCUUCAGGGACAUCACCCCUGAGAACAAACCCCUCAGUCUACAGGAAGCCUAUGAGGCAAAGAGGCACGAGCUGUACCUUGAACUGCAAAGAAAAGAGGAGGAGAUGAGACAGCAGUUUGUGCAGAGGGUGAAGGAGAAAGAAGCAAUGCUGAAAGAAGCAGAGCAACAGGUACAGACUAAAUUUGAACAUCAUAUGCUGAUGCAUCACGAAGUGAAACUGAAGUUAGAGAAAAAGAAGAAAGUUCUGGAAGAUGAAAUUGCCAUGUUUAUUGAGAAGAAAGCUAAUGCUGAGUUACUCCUCUCACAGGCAUCUGUCUCUACCCCUGUUAUUAGUUUGAAGAGAGACAAAGACCGUAAAAA